CUUCGACUUUGAUACAACGAUUACGCAGUGUCUUCCAUAAUUCAAGAGUCACUAUAUGCAGACUGUUGUAGCAAAAACAAUGGCUAGGACUCCGUGCUCACCCAAAGUUUCUGCCUCUUUGAGGAAAUUAUUUGGUAUUUGGAUGGUGUUAGUGGGAGUGUUAGGCCAAGUAGCUGAUUCUAAAUGUGGUUUCAAGGCUAUCUUCAACUUUGGGGAUUCGAAUUCGGACACAGGCGGCUUUUGGGCUGCUUUUCCGGCACAGUCUCCGCCCAACGGCAUGACCUACUUUAAGCGACCUGCUGGCCGGGCUACCGAUGGGAGGCUCAUGAUUGAUUUCUUGGCACAAGCUUUAGGGUUGCCAUUCCUGAGCCCAUACCUGCAAUCAAUUGGAUCCGAUUAUAGACAUGGAGCCAACUACGCAACACUGGCAUCCACAGUGCUCCUGCCAAACACUUCCUUGUUUGUCACCGGGAUCAGCCCUUUUUCCUUGGCCAUUCAGCUCAACCAAAUGAAGGAGUUCAAGGUUAAAGUUGAUCAAUUUUACUCUCCAGGAUCAACCAACCUUCCUGCACCAGACAUUUUCCGAAAAUCACUCUACACGUUUUAUAUUGGUCAGAAUGACUUCACUUCCAAUUUAGCAGCUAUUGGUAUAAAUGGAGUGAAGCAGUAUCUUCCUCAAGUGGUUUCCCAAAUUGCUUACACCAUCAAGGAGUUAUAUGCGUUAGGAGGACGAGCAUUUCUUGUGCUUAACCUUGCUCCGGUGGGUUGUUACCCUUCAUUUUUGGUGGAGCUUCCGCACAACAAUUCCGACCUUGACAAGUAUGGAUGCAUGAUCUCCCUCAACAAUGCAGUCGUGGAAUAUAACAAUAUGCUGAAGGAGGCACUGCUUCAAACUAGACAACAACUUCCACAUGCUAGUGUCAUAUAUGUAGACACCCAUGCUGUGUUGCUAAAGCUCUUCCAGCACCCCAAAUCUUAUGGACUGAAGUAUGGUACCAAAGCAUGUUGUGGAUAUGGGGAUGAUACCCACAAUUUUAGCCCUAAAGUGUUUUGUGGAAACAGCAAGCUGAUUAAUGGAAGCAAUGUCACAGCAACAGCUUGUAGUGAUCCAUACAACUAUGUGAGUUGGGAUGGUGUACAUGCUACAGAAGCUGCAAACAAGCUUGUUACAAAGGCCAUUCUUACUGGCUCUUUUUUUUAUCCUCCUUUCCCACUUCAUAAGCUCUGUCACCUCCAACCUAUUCAUUGAUCCUCGAGUAUCGAUCUCCUUUGAUUUAUAUUAAUCUGUUAAGCAAAGUUGUUUCACUGUGAAGAUUGUUUGACAUGAACACUUUUGAGGGUAUAAAGAUUUAGAUUGUUUCACCGAA